AUAUACAAAAGUGUUUACAUCCCGAUUGUGUGAAAAUACUGAUAAUUUGUUUUUCACAAUUAAAUAUGUUCUUCCUCCCCCCAAUUUUAUACAUAAAUGCUUGGGCUUGAAUACCAGUUAUAUGUGUAUUUUAUAGAGGAAUCAGAGUUAUGAAUGGAAAAUUCCGCUUACGCUCCAAAUCCGUUACCACCGCCUGGAUUAGUAGUAUUCUCGCAAGCUGGGGGCUUAACUGAGACGUUGAGACUUCAGAGACCAUUCAAUACACAGGCUGACUCCAAAGAUAUUCAAGUCCCAUUCCACGCGUCAAGCUUUGGGCUGCGGCUCAUCGACUCCUAUCCUGGCUUGCCUGCCCACUUGUUACACCACCUCCAGCCGCAAUUCUUACACCCUAGUCUCGAUCCGCGAAACUCAUUUGGCCCCGGUGCUUUUCAGCCAUUGAGUUCCUCUGCCAACAAAAACUUCCCCUCGGCUUUCGCGCCUCCCAAGUGUUUAAAAAUGGACGCUGAUACCAUGAAUAGUUCCUUACUCGAUAAUAAUAACGGUAGUGAUAUGUUUUCGCCGGGACAUUAUCAGCGAGGAGACUCCAGUUCCCCAGCAAGUGUAUCUGUGUCGCCCACAAGCACAGCUGCAAAGGAUGAGAGCUGUGAUGGUGCUGGUGAUGAUCGUGAUGGAGCUGGAACCCCUGGAUCGGAAAGGACUGAAUGUUCAACUCCGGAAGAUGCAAGGAUUAAACGGAACAAGAAGGCGCCGAAGGACCCGAACUGCUGCCCGGUCUGCGGCGUGAGUAUCAGGGCGAACGACUUGGAGUCGCACCUGCUCCAGGAGCUGGACCGGUUGACGAAGAUCUCCAAGAACCGGAUGCGCCGCCCCUCGCUCCCGCACCCGAGGACCAACAACCACAGGGACGACCCGGCCGCCGCUGUUGACGGAUCCCUGGAAGGGCGAUGGGAGACGUAUCAAAGAAUCAAGACAAAUAGACAAGGGCGGCUAAGGAUAAAAAAUAAGAAGAGAAAAGCGGACGACGUCGCUUGUCCGGUAUGUAACGAAGAUAUUUCUGGAUCCCCUGAAGACCUUAAUGGUCAUGUAGAAAAGUGUUUGCACAAGUAUGAUAAUGAAGAUGAAACCGUGGAUGUAGAGGGCUACUCAGAAUCAUUCGAAGAAUACGAAUGGGCUGGGCAGAGAAGGAUACGUGCAGCCUCUUUGCUGACUGGUGGAUAUACAGGUGUGGGAAUGGUAGCUGGAACUCGAGCCAGUGCGGCGGAGGAAGAAGAGGAUCUCGUGGUCGAUGGAGAUGAUGUUGCUGUAUUUGGUAGACCCCAAUAUUGUGAAAAUGAUGUUAUCUCAUCAACGCCUAGUCAUAAUGAAAAUGGUGCCUCUGAGCGCAUGCAAGAGAGUCCUAGUAGUAUGAAAGAAGAUGUCGACAUGACAAAAGUCAAGGAAGAGCCGUCCUCAACAGAAAACUUAACCAAGAAGUCAGAUUUAGCGAAUCAAACAGAUGGUUUAGUCGUAGAAGCUUUAAAAAGGCGAAUCAAAGAAUUAGAAAAUGAAACGAAAGCUGUGAAUGGUGAUAAAUUUAUUUGUUUAAUCUGCAUGGAACACUAUAAAAAACCCGUCAUAUCUGUUUGUUGUUGGCAUGUUUAUUGUGAAGAAUGCUGGCUUCAAACUUUA